UUUAAGGUCAAAUAUAUUUGUAAAAAACCUGAACAUAUUAACCGACGCUUGUGCCUGGUUUGGCUUGGUGAUUAUUAAUUGAAUUUGAUGGCGAGGAAACCGGACGAGGAGUACGAUUAUUUGUUCAAGAUCGUAUUGAUCGGCGAUUCAGGAGUGGGCAAGUCCAAUUUACUGAGCAGGUUCACGAGAAACGAGUUUUGCCUCGAAUCCAAGUCCACUAUUGGCGUAGAAUUCGCUACUCGUACUUUGCUGGUGGAGGGCAAGACAGUGAAGGCCCAAAUAUGGGACACAGCCGGUCAAGAGCGCUACCGUGCCAUCACCAGCGCAUAUUACCGAGGUGCCCUCGGUGCCCUCUUAGUGUAUGACGUAACCAAACCCCAGACCUUUGAGAAUGCAUCACGUUGGCUCAAAGAACUUAGAGACCAUGCAGAUUCAAACAUAGUAGUAAUGUUAGUUGGUAACAAAACAGAUCUACGCCAUUUGAGAGGGGUGGCCACAGAAGAUGCACAAGGCUUUGCGGAGAGAGAGGGACUCUCUUUCCUAGAAACCUCAGCCCUCGAAUCAACUAAUGUAGAGAGAGCAUUUCAGUCCAUUCUUGGGGAAAUUUAUAGGAUUAUUAGUAAGAAGUCGCCUCUGUCUUCAUCGUCGGGGGCCAAGGACGAGAAUGUUGGUGUGGAGAUGAAAGAGGGGAAGACCAUAUUGGUUGGUGGGGCCGGACCAGAGGCAAACACGAAGAGAGCAUGUUGUUCAUCUUCCUAAUCUCUUAAGUGUGUGUCAACUUUUUCCUUACUAUUUUUCUGUUUUUUUUCUUUAAAUGUUGUGGAGGUAGUAGGCUUCUGGUGUGGAAACUCUUUUUUCUUUUCUAUACUGUUUCUUCUCUUGGGUUUAACUGUGUUUAUCAGUAUUAUCCAGAUCUUCACAAACAA